AUUAAACACUGAAACCUUGACAAAAUGAAAAAAAAACCCCAACAACUUACAAUUGAUUGAUAUUAUGCUUCUUCAGGAAGAAAUUAUACUAGCAUAACUACAUGAAAUAUCCUUAAUACUAUUCAGCUUUAGAUGAAAAUCUGGGUGUAGUUUAUAUAUGCAGGAAAGAAAGUUAUGUUUAUGCAAUACUGUAUAUAGAAUAGUUAAUUGCAGAUGGCAUUCACAUAAUAUUUGACCUAAGAGUAAACACUGACAUGAUUAUCAAGUUAGCAGCGUCAAUUUAAAAAAAAAUUUAAAAAAAAUUAAAAGAGAGCAGCUUUAAAAAAAAAAAGGCAUCAAUAAACAAUUUUCCAACAACUGCUGAGAAUCCAGACAACUGUUGCCCUGCAUAAAUGUAGUACCAGUGUUCCUAUUCAUGGAUCAUUUGUUCAUUAGUAUAUAAAGACGUGCGCGCACACAAACUUAUUGUAUUUCAACAGGCUAUCCAUCCAUGUCUUUUCUUGCAAACUGAUACCUUCAGUCAUCACAAUAAACAACUCUUUAAUUAAAUGCCAUCUCAUCUGUGCAGUCUGUGUGUGUUUGGGUUGUUGUUUUAUAUCUUGGUGGAACUCAAAUGUCCAGUUCCGGGAAUAACAAAUGAACACCACACUGGAGAAAGAGAGAUAGAUAGAAAGAGAGAGAGACUUAUCCAAAGUAAAUGUUACAAUUCUGCCAUUAAAAUCAAAUUGUUUAUCAAUUUAUCAGAUUGAUCAGUGCAUCAUCUUCCUAAUAGACUAACACUCAAUUAAAUUAUUGUUUUUUUUCUCAAAUGAUUACAUUUUGGAAUGCAGUUUUCUACUUGGUUAGAUGUCAUGUGAAUAAAAUGUCAGUAACGAAAUGGACAAAUUACACAGAAUUAUUCCACAUACUGUAAAUCUUAACUUUCUUUACUGUUUUUAUGGCCUAGACUGAAUAGUGAUGUCUGUGAUUAAGACAUCAAUUACAGCACUUAAUCACUUAGAUCAGCAUGCUGCACUAUCACCAUUCUAAAAAUUUAAUGUGACAAGUGCUGGAAUGUAUAACUACACCUUAGUGGCCUGGAUGGAAGUGACGUGUUGUCUUUCCAUAUAAGGAAUGAUCUAUUUAGCAGUAGUAGUGAUGGAAAAUAAAGACGAGCCUGUGAUCUGAGCCUUAUGUUUUAAUGAUGUGUUUUUGGUCUUUAGAGACUGAGAACAUGGGAUGAAUGAAUGAGUGUAAACAGAGAGAGGAGAGAACAGUGACAGGUGGGCAGAGGUACUGAAAGGAUGGAGAGAAGGAGAUGGAGGAGGAGGAGGAGGAGGAGCAGGGGAAGAAGCGGAUGAGAGGAGGGUAAGCGCAAUAUAUAAGACACAGUCCACCUCUACUUCCCUUACACAGCCGCUAGCUUCUCUUUUCCUUCAACGACAGCACUCUUCUGACACUCAGAAUGUCUGCCCUGAACUCAGAGAAUGCCACCACCCUGGAGAACGCCAUGCAGUUGAUGAUCCAGACCUUCCACAAGUACUCUGGUAAUGAGGGGGACAAAUACACACUCAGCAAGAGCGAGCUCAAAGAUUUGCUUACCCAGGAGCUAGGGAACUAUCUGGGGAAUGCACAGGACAAGGAUGCUGUAGAGAAGGUGAUGGGUGACCUGGACUCAAACAAUGAUGGUGAGGUGGACUUUACAGAGUUCGUCAUCCUAGUUGGUGCACUUACCGUGGCCUGCAAUGACUUCUUUCAGGAGUACAAUACAGAUAAAGGUGCUAAAACGGAUUAGAUACUGUUUCAUCUCUCUGAAAUAAAGCUAACAAAUGACCACUGAAUGAAAAACAGGAGAAGAGCUGGCAGAUAAAGGGAUAGAUGUGUAUAACAAUCUACUGUAUGCACACCAAUACCACCAAUGUAUAAUUCAAUGACACAUAUACUGGGCCACAGAUCACAUCUGUUGGUGGGCUGUGGUCAUACAGAAGUAAAAUAUAAAUUAGAAGGAGUGAAAUCCAGUACAAUGGUGGUCAUUGUUGAAUCUGUGUAUAUUGUCCUUUUAUUUUAUUUUCCUUUAAUUUUUAUUAAAAACCUUUUUGUGUCUGUUCACUGUAGAACCACAUUAUCUUCAAUAUUAUAAUAAAGAUAACAUUUUAAAGGCACAA